AUGACAACGUCGGGCAGUUCGCUUGGGUUCUCGGGGGGAAGGCGGAGCGACAGUGACGAUGUGGGCCAGCACGAUUGUUACCUGUUUGCAAUGAGGGCACGGCAUGGCGGCUGCAGUGGUGACAAGGCGAGCAGCAGCGACAUCGGCCCCUUAGCUCUUAGAUCUGGCGUGGCCUUGGCGUCAGGCAUGGCUCACGGCGGCUCUCUCUGCCUCACAGCCAGGGCACCUUCCAUCCCUUGGUGGGUGCACGAUACAUUUAUCAGUUAUAAACAGACCGACACUCGCCACUUCGUGAGCCAUCUCCACGAAGCCCUCAAGCGGAACAAGAUAACGGCCUUCGUCGACCGCAAUCUGGAAAGAGGACUAGAGAUUGCACCGGCAAUCAACGAAGCAAUCGAACGGUCAAGAAGCGCCAUUGUGGUCAUCUCUCGCACCUACGCCUCCUCGCCGUGGUGCCUGGAUGAGCUGGAUAAAAUCCUCAAGUGCAAGGAAAAGAAAGGCCAGCUGAUGUUCAUCAUUUUUGUGGAUAUUGACCCCAGAGAGAUGCGCGAGCUGUCUGGACCCUUCACGCAUAUUGGCCAAAGCGAGAAGGGUUUCGGGCAGGACAAUGCCGACAAAGUCCUUAGAUGGAGAGAUGCUCUCCGCAAAGCUGGAAAUCUCACUGGUUGGUCUCUUGGAAACAGACUUGAAGCUGACUUCAUCCAAUCCGUAGUGGAGAAAAUUUCAAGAAGACUAGGUCACUUACACAAGAACCUGCUUGUUUUCCAUCCAGUUGGGUUAGAUUCUCAAGUACAAGCCUUGUACUCCUUACUCCGAUUAGAGGUUGGAGACGUCCGAAUCGUGGGAAUUUCUGGCCCUAGCGGAAUAGGAAGGAGUACACUGGUGAGAGCUUUGUACCACCAAAUUGCUGACCAAUUUGAUCGGAGUUGCUUUCUCAAGAACGUGAAGGAUACAUGGAGCCAAGAUGGCCUCUUCAAAAUGCAGGAGUCCCUUUUCAGUGACAUUCUUGGCGAUGGAGUUUCAAAGUUUGGCAAUGACAUUCAUGUAGUAUUAAAAACCAUGAGGAGUACGCUUCACAACAAGAGGGUUCUGCUGGUGCUUGAUGAUGUGGAAGGGUUGUCAGGGCCAUUGAGCCACCUUCUCAAGGAAAUAAACUUAGGCUUGGGAAGUAGAGUCAUUUUGAUCGCUCGACACAAAGAAACCUUAAUUGGUCUGUGUGGGGAAAUCUAUAAGCUAAGAGCGCUGAAUGAUGAUCAAGCUCUCGAGCUUUUCAGUUGGAAUGCAUUCCAAGAAAGAUAUCCCAAAAGUGAUUAUAAAAUGCUCUCAAAUUGCUUCACCAACUUUUCCAAAGGGCUUCCUUUGGUUCUAACUAUCAUGGGUUCUUUCUUGAAUGGCAAAAGUGUCAAAAAAUGGCAAGAAGCUUUUGAUCGACUUAAAGAAAUCCCCCAGGGAAAGGUUCAUGAAGUACUGAAAACUGUCAUCAAUGGCUUAGAGGCUAAUGAGAGGACGAUUUUUCUCGAUGUCGCAUGUUUUCGUAAUGGAUAUGACAAAGAAGAGAUCAUCAACUCCCUAAAGCAAUGUGGAGUAUAUGCUGAUAGUGGGUUAGAGAUUCUGGCUAAAAAAUCACUCAUAUACAUUGAUGAAAAUAACAAAAUAUGGAUGCAUGAUUUGCUUCAAGAAAUGGGUAAACGAAUGGUGAUUCAAGAGUGCCCUGAAAAUCCCAACAAGAGAAGCAGAAUAUGGUGUCAUAAGGAUGCUUUAGAAGUGGUUAAACAAAAUUUGGGAACAGAUGCCAUUGAAGGUAUUAAACUAGACAAGGUUGAUGCAAAAGACUUGAUUAUGGAUUCAGACUCGUUUAAGAAAAUGAAAAAGCUCAGGCUAUUUAUGAUGGCUGAUCAUGUCCUUAAAUGUGGACCGACUGGACAUUUAUCAGAGAAUCUGCGGAGGCAUUUCGCACGAAACAGCAACAGUAGGUUCGCCUGUUGGGAGAGUCUGGCAAAGCAAAUUUCCAAGUUUUGGUCUCAAGGAACCUGA